UGGCGUUUGAAUUAGUCCGUGACGACGGUCCAUAACCCUUUUUAACAGUCGUCAGAAAACACGGUCGCGACAUGUACAUACACGCACAUACCUAAAGCCAUACGUAACAAACACACCAUUAUAUAUAAAAGAUAUUCUAUUAUUUAAAAACAAAUAUAUUUAUGACACACAUUUACGUACGUAUAUAUAUAUAAUAUGCAAAUGCACUCACAUAAGUCUUUCUCCUCCGAUGGUAAUAGUCUAAAAGCUGACGUGACAUCUCUCUCUCAAAUCUCAAUUACACUUCUCUUCUCUUCUCCUUCUUCCUCUCUCCCAACACUAACUCCAUGUUUAUAACGGAAAAACAAGUGUGGAUGGAUGAGAUCGCCGCAAGAAGAGCUUCUUCUUCUUGGGAUUUCCCUUUCAACGACAAUAACAUUCAUCGUCGUCAUUGCAACACAAGUCAUGAGUUUGAAAUCUUGAAGAGCCCUUCUGGAGAUGUAGCGGCUAACGAAGAAGAGAGUAAUAAUCAUAACCCUAAUUUCAGUAACAGCGAGAGUGGUAAGAAGGAGACAACAGAUAGUGGUCAGUCUUGGUCUUCUUCAUCUUCAAAACCGUCAGUCUUGGGGAGAGGACAUUGGAGACCAGCUGAAGAUGUUAAACUCAAAGAGCUUGUCUCCAUUUACGGCCCACAAAACUGGAACCUCAUAGCUGAAAAGCUUCAAGGAAGAUCUGGAAAAAGCUGUAGACUACGAUGGUUUAACCAAUUGGACCCGAGGAUAAACCGAAGAGCUUUCACGGAGGAAGAAGAGGAGAGGCUGAUGCAAGCACAUAGGCUUUAUGGUAACAAAUGGGCAAUGAUUGCGAGGCUUUUCCCUGGAAGAACUGAUAAUUCUGUCAAGAACCAUUGGCAUGUUGUCAUGGCUCGUAAGUAUAGAGAACACUCUUCUGCUUAUCGUAGGAGGAAGCUUAUGAGUAAUAAUCCACUUAAACCUCAUCUCACUGAUAAUCAUCAUCCUAACCCUAACCCUAAUUACCACUCUUUUAUCUCCACUAAUCAUUACUUCGCUCAGCCUUUCCCCGAGUUUAAUUUGACUCAUCACCUGGUUAAUAAUGCCCCUAUCACGAGUGACCAUAACCAGCUUGUUUUGCCUUUCCAUUGCUUUCAAGGUUAUGAGAGCAAUGAACCUCCGAUGGUUGUGAGUAUGUUUGGCAACCAAAUGAUGGUCGGCGAUAAUGUAGGUGACACGUCAGACGCGUUAUGCAAUUUUCCGUACAUUGACCCUAGGAGCCAAGAGAAAGCGGAACCAAAUGAAGCAAUGCAUUUGAUCGGAAUGGAAGCGGUAGAUGAGGAGGUGGUCGAGAAGGCUAAGCAGCAACCACAUUUUUUCGAUUUUCUUGGCUUGGGGACUGCGUGAAUCUUGAACAAAUUGGUGUUAAUAAGUUAAUGACAGUGGUUAAAUUUGGUUACAAAAAGAAAUUAGCAGUUAGCUUUAGUAGCUAGAAAACAAAACAAACCAAGAUCCAAGCCAUUGUCCUUGUGUUUACGUUAAUUACUAAACUGUAGAUUGUUGUUGUUGGCACUUGGCUGUCUAGUGUAACAUUUGAUAAGUUAUUGUUUUUAGUACCUCCAUAAAUAUUUAGCUCGAGAGAUUGUUUUAAAAAAGGUGAUUCUUUUAUGAUGAAGUGACGUGAAAUAUUGCUAAAGAUGUGAUGAGAAUAACAACGAGAGAGAGAGAAGGGAUAUUAAAAGAGUGGAGUUUUUAAGAGUUGGAGAAAGAGACGAAGAUGCGUAAUUAAGAGAAGAGGAACUGCCAAAGAUUGAGGCAGAGAUUGUGCAACAGAAAGGCCAAACAUGAAACAUGCUCACCAAAUCUCACACACACAUUGCAUUUGUUUCUUCUCUUCAAACCGUUUUUCCAACUCUUCAAGCUUCUUACCUAUGUAUCUCUCUCAUGUCACGCGGACCCACACAUGCCCUUCUUUUUUGUUUCUUUUCAUGUUGUAGAUAUAAAAGAAAAUUUUAAAUUAAUUUGUUAUUUUGUGUUGAAAUUAGUUUUGAUUUUGGAUAUGAGUUUUUAAAAUCUAUGACGUUGAUAAAUGUAGGGGUUUUCGGGUUUUGAAAAGGUUGUUAUAGAGAAGACUCGGUCGAUAACUAGUAUAAGAAAGUCCGAUGUGGAGAUUGAAAUACCACGCUAACUUUUCUUCUUUAGAAGUCUCUUGAGUUUGUGUUUUACUAUUAACUUAAGACACAAGACCGAGAGUAAGCAAAAACGGUACGUACGAUUUGCUAUUGUUCCCUCACCAAAACAGGGACAAUGUUCAUUUCAAUUCGUGACAUAUGAACGUUUAACGUUGUUCUUGAAUUUCUUUCAAUUUGCCCAUUGGGCCUGAAAUUGCUUCAUUAGGCCCAAUCUCUUUCGGAGGUGUUCUCUAGUCUCUCUUUUUU